AUGCCAUCCUCCUUCCAUUCCCCAAACCUCCCACCAACCCCGUCACACCCGCGUCUCUCCCAGCCUAGCCGCAUUGCCGCCCUCUUCGCGCUAGUCGCUCUCGCCUCUCUCCUCACCUGCAUCUUCCUCUCCCUCCCACCCGCGGCCUCUCCGCCGCUCCCCCUCGUCCCCCUCACCGCCAUCGCCGCUGCCGCCCAACCACAUGCCGCCGUGACUGUCGCAGGAGGGAGAGGGGGAACAGGACGGCGGUUGCAGGGGCUGCGCGCGCCCCGUGACACCAAGCGCAAGUGGAAUGGCGGAAGCUUCCUCGAGUUCUCUGCGGACGAGAGUGCGCGCAUUAACGGACUGGGGGGGAGUGGGAGUGCGCGAGAUGGGGGGGCGCAAAGGGAGUCGGGGGAAAAGGGAGCGGAAAAUACGAAGAACAGCGGAUGGGCAGGCGUAAACAGGCGGGGCGGGGGGAUGGUGUGGCGGGUGGGAUGGUGGGGAGGUGGGGUUGGAUCCCACGGAAGCAAGUCCGAUGCUGUUGGCGCGAGCGACGAGCGCGCACAUGGCGGCGUGGCGGAGAGCGCGAGGGCGCUGGUAGUGACGGCGAGGGGCGGGCGCGGCGGGCUGCACAGCGAGGGCGGGAAGAGCCGUGGGGCGCGGGAGGCCAAGGGGGAAGCGCAGGACGCGGUGGCGCCAGGGGGUGUGCCGCAGAAAGUGGAGGGGCGCGGAGAGGGGGGGGAAGGGGUGGCGACGGGGAUGCGUGCGGUGGGGCGGCUGGCGGAUAUGGAGGUGCUGCCGCUGGGGCGGGGGAUGGGGGGACGACGAGAGGCAGUGGCAGGGGGAGAUGAGGGGGGGAGUGCGUGUGAGCGGAUGGCAGGGAGGGCAGGGAGGACAGUGCAGAGGGUGGGCAGGCGCGGGGCGCUGGUACCUGAGGAGGGCCGCGCGCCCGCCAACGCCACCUCGCCUGCGCGCAGGGGCGGGGAGAGCAGGGCGCGCGCAGCAGCGGAGGGGCGCGGGCAGUGGCGCGUGCGGCGCGUGGCGCUGCACCCGGCAGUGCGGCGCUCCACGGGGCUGCCCCUGCGCUGCCACCACUGGCGCAGCGACGCCGUCUUCCUCCUCUCCGCCGCCCUGCCCGCCCACGGCCUCAGCCCCCUCCUGCCCGUGCGCCCCCCGCCCUCCCCCUUUGCCCCCUCCGCACUAUCUUCUCUUAAGCUUUCUCACAUACUCCCCUCGCUGCUGUACGUCCCCCCCCCCCUGCAUUCCCGCGUACUCCCCGCUUUCCUACUUACUCCUCUCUGCUUUCCCUUUAGUCCCCCUCUCUGCUUUCACGCUUGCUUCCCUCCCUGCUUUCUUCCCGCCGCAUGCUUCCUCACUUCUUCCCCGCGCUGCUACCUCAUGUGCACGCCUCUCUGUGGCGCCAUGCCAUGCCAUGCCAUGCCAUGCCGAGGCCAGGAGUUGGAUGCGCGCCUGCAGUCGGUGGGGCUACAGUACACGCUCGCCCUCGUGCCGCGCAACGUCUCACAUGCCCACGCUCUCAGGUGUGUCGCACGCCCACGCUCUCAGGUGUGUCGCACGCCCACGCUCUCAGGUGUGUCGCACGCCCACGCUCUCAGGUACGCCCCUCUGUACCGCGCAGCACCGCAGGGCGGGGGGCGAGUGGGGGCGGGGAGGCAGGACGUGCGGUACAGUGCAGCGCACGCGGAGGUGUGGGCGCGCGUGGUGGCGGCGCGGCUGCCGUUCGCCCUGGUGCUGGAGGAGGACGCCCUCAACCGCAGCGAGGGCGUCGCCGCCUGGCAGGCGCGCUUCCAAAUGCUGCUGUGGGAGCUGAAUCUGCUGAUGCUGCAGCGCGGCGACCGCUUCUUCUUCCACGUGCUGCUGCUGGCGCGCCACGGCCUGGCGCCCUACGCGGAGCAGCGGCUGGCGCCGGGCAUCGUGAGCGCGCAGCCCAGCCAGGCCAUGCACGCCUACCUGCUCUCCUACGCCGGCGCCAAGCGCCUCCUCGCCCUCUCCCGCUUCCACUCGUACUCCCACCGCCCCUGCCCCCGCCCCUGGUCCCCGGCCCCCCUCCAUGCCGCCCGGACUUUGCUUAUUCCAGCAGCCAGCAUGCAUGCAUGUGCCUCUUUAAUCCGUGCACCACCUCCUCCCGUCUUCCUUCUCCCUCUCACCCCAUGCUGCCCCCUGCCCCUGCACAUGUCCCCCUGUCGACCGUGCAGGCCAGUGGCGGAGAGCACGGGAGGCAUCCCGGGAAUGACCAUACUGGCAGCGGAGCCGCCUCUCUUCGCCACCACCAUCUUCGCCUGCUCGCCCAAGCCCUGCCGCACGCCCCCGCCUGCGCUCUCCCUGCCCGCCUCCACGCGCCUCACCCCUGCCUGCCGCUCCACCAUCCUGCUCGCCCUGCCCGCCCACCCUUCGAUGCCCGGCGCUGCCCUGCACGCCCCCUGGCGCAUGCACGACCCUGCCCCCGCCGGCCCACGCCCCUCCAUCCCCUCCUCCUCGCCCGCCUUCUGCCCACACCUCUCCCCCGCUCAGUGCCUGCUCGCCCACCACCUGCCGCGCCUGCUGCCCCAUGUGCGCGCCCCUCCCCCACUCCUCCUCCCCCCCACGCUGCCCCCCUCGCUGACCCUCUGGCCGGCCUACGUGCUCUCACUGCGCCGCUCCCCCCAGCGCCUGCAGCGGGUGCUGCCGCUGCUGCAGCAGCAGGGCUUUGGGGACGUGGUGGUGGCGCAUGGCGUGGACGGGGGCAGGGGGCAGAGACAGGGGGGAGGGGCGCAGGGCCGGGGGGAGGAGGCGGACUUGGAGGCGGAGAGGAACCUGGGCGUGUUUGGGGGGCUGGUGGGGGCGGGGGCGGUGUCGGCGACGCGGCGCUCCAUCAAGUGGCACAAGCUGGCGGAGCGGCGGCGCGAGCGGCUCACGAGAGGGGAGGUGGCGUGCGCUCUCUCGCACUACCUCGUGUGGCUCGAGGUGCUGCGCAGGAAGCUUCCCUACGCCAUUGUACUGGAAGAUGACGUCACCUUCACUACAAGCACAUUCCGGGCCGACUUUGAACGGAACAUCGCCGAGGCCAAUGAGCUGUUGACACGUCAGCACAGCCCGGAGUCACCACCAGACAUCCUGUUUGUGGGGCACAUGGGGGUGCUGGCAGGCCACUUCAUGCCGCUGCUCUCCCCCCACAUCGCAUGGGACCCCCUCUCCUGGUGCUCCUUUGCCUACAUCAUCUCCCACCGGGGUGCAGAGCGCCUGGUGGAGGGCUUUAAGCAGGGCGGUGGGCAGUGGAUGUGA